UGCUACCUAAGUCUAAAGUCUUCCCCACAUUUACCUAUAGACCCUGUCAACAAGUUAUAUUAGGACAUUAAUUUAAAUAGAGAAUCAUUUUCUUAGUCCUGACAAAAUCUUGGAUGAAACUGAUGAUCCACUUUGUAUUCAUCCUCAACUUCAACUAUCUUCCAAAUUUUUAAAGAUUUUUUUAUCCUUUUACUUUUCUUGGUUUUGUGAACAAAUGAUCUUGUUAUAUAUGACAUAGAUAGAAAAUGGUUUUGUUGUUUGUCUUUCAUUGUCACUUGAGGAACCAUCAAGAUUGGUAUUACCAAAGUUGAUAAAAUUUGAGUCUUUGAGGGGAGUUUCUUGCUACAAUUUUAUUCUUGUUUAAUAACCAAAAUAUACAAAUCUUGGCUUACAUUUUGACCCUACAAGAAAUGUCAUAGUACAAAUUUUUGUUUCCUCAUAUCUCUGGUGGGCAAUUCACUGUAGCUGGAUACCAAAACAGUUAAGAAGCAAUCUCUUUAAUGUUGGUUUUUCCUUCAAUGAAUUGUGUGGUUUUGUGAGUCAAUAUAAUUAAAGCUUGUCUGCUCUGUAUCUACCUAUGCCCACUUUCUUUAAUUCCACUUUUGGCCAUAACUCCAUUUGAAAACUCCGCCAAAAUUUGCAUAAUAUAAACACUUUGCUUUUUUACCCUUUUUACUAUAUAGUGGUAUAAAACUAGUGUGUGUUUAUCUAGCAUUGCAGCAGUUCUUGAAUUAUCUUGGAUCAGCAAAAAAAAAAAAAAAAAAAAAAAAAAUUUAAUGCAAUGUUAUUUUUCUUGGUUUCUUGUUUUUCUUUCAUACUACUAUUUUCUAAGUCUUGGAAGAGUACAAUGGGAGAUUUCUCAAAUAUCUGGUUCUGUGAAGAUUUUUUGAAGUUUUUGGCUUCAUGGUUCAGAAAAGAUAGGAAUGCUAUUAGUUACUUGAAUUUGCCUCUAAUGAAAAAGAGUGUUGAGUCAAAACUAGAGAAUGUUGUGGAGAAGGAAGAGGAGAUUUCUUUAUUGGAUUUGCCUGAUUUGACUUUGGAAUGUAUCUUUGAGAGACUUCCACCAAAUGGUCUUUGUAGUAUGGCUGCAGUUUGCAGUUAUUUGAGAGAAAAAUGCAGAAGUGAUCAUUUGUGGGAGAAACAUAUGAAGGAAAAACGGGGUGCAUUGAUAGGAUCUGUUGCUUAUAGAGAACGGCAAUGCUACAUUGCUUCAAGAAAUAAUGAUUCCCUCUUGGAAAAUUCAAGAAAAAAGAGAGAUUUACUUGGGAAAUUUUCAGAAAUUAGGAAACUUUUAUGGAAUAGAUCAAAAGGAAAUGAAGAUAACAGCAAGGUUAGAAGUUCUUCAGCAAUUAUGGAUUGGUAUCUCUCCCUUGAGUCUGGCAAGUUUUGGUUCUCAGCUCAGGUUUUUAACCGCGAGGUGCAGAAUGGCCAUGUUGGUUUUAUGCUAUCUUGUUAUGAUGCUGAAGUUAGCUAUGAUUGUAGCACAAAUACCUUCAGAGCAAGGUAUCCGUCACAGGCGAGGCGAAUAGUAGAAGAAAACAUAGAAUGGAAUAGGCUAAGAGCACCAACUGUUGAUACUCCUCCUUAUGUUCUUCAUGUAUCUGAUUGCUUAAGUGAUCUGAAACCUGAUGAACAUUUUGAGAUUCAGUGGAGAAAAAGCAAAGAGUUUGCAUAUGGUUGGUGGUAUGGAGUUGUUGGACACUUGGAAUCUUGUAAUGGCAACAAAUUGAAUUGCCAUUGUCAUUCCAGUGACACAGUGCUACUGGAGUUCAAACAGUACAGUCCCGGCUCGAGAUGGAGGCAAAUAGUGAUAAACAGAAAGGAAUAUAGAGAAGUGGGAAAUGAAGCAGAUGGUUUUUAUGGAGGAAUCAGAAAGCUUUAUAGUGACAAAGAGAUUUCAUUGUGGAAGAGCCUCUGUCCUAGCAGCACUUUGGAAUAGCACACAAAGAGCUCUUUCCAUUUUUUCCAUUUUUCAGCUAUUCUGAUUUUUAAUAGAAUACAGCUUAUAGAGAGAGAGAGAGCAUAAUUAGGCUUUUGAAUUUAUGCUCGCCUGUGUAGUGGCUAGAGGUUUUCCAAAUAUAUAUCUUGUCAGAACAUGUAUUUUUGUGCAUAAUGAAAUAAAGCUUCUUCCUUCUAUCUGUUUUC